AUGGCUAAGACCUACGUAAGACAAAACUCUCAUUCAAGGUCUAUCAGCUUGCCUUGUGGGCCGGUUUGUAUGGAGGACGAGUACAACAAACUCAUGGGUCUGGGUGAACCAUCGAGCCCGACUUCUGAGAAUCUCAUGGAGGAAGAUGACAUCGAUCAGAGUUCGUCAUCAAGCCGUGGUCUAAUUCUCAUGGUGACUUCAAUGGUGUUGAUCUUCAUAGCUGUAGCCAUGGGAAUGAGUAAAUAUUCGAAGGAUGGGUUCUGGUUGACUACCAAAAAGGGAUUGUUCAUGUCUCAGUGA